CUCUUCCUCUCGCUACAGCCAGGCAGCCAGGCCCAGACGCUCCCCCAAGUCAUCCUCCAGUCAGUCACCUCAGGCUCAGGUCAUCCCCGUUCAGUUCACACAGUAAUUCAGAGUUCGGACGCAUCGAGGAAGGUUGACGCCGGCGACGAUGGAGGGCGGAGGGCGGGAGACGGAGCGGUGGGAGGGGUACGUGGACUGGCGGAACCGGCCGGCGGCCAAGGGCCGGCACGGCGGCAUGGUCGCCGCCUCCUUCGUUCUCGUUGCUGAGGUGCUGGAGAACCUUGCGUUCCUGGCGAACGCGAGCAACCUGGUGACGUACCUAAUGAACUCGAUGCACUACUCGCCGUCGCAGUCGGCCACGACGGUGACCAACUUCAUGGGCACGGCGUUCCUGCUCGCCCUCCUCGGCGGCUUCCUCUCCGACGCCGUCUGCACCACCUACGUCGUCUACCUCGCCAGCGCCGCCGUCGAGUUCAUGGGCCUGGUGAUCCUGACGAUCCAGGCGCGAUCCUCAUCCCUGAUGCCACCGGCGUGCGCCAAGGUCGCCGGCACGGCGCCGUGCGAGCCGGUGUCCGGGAGCAAGAAGGCGAUGCUGUUCGUGGGGCUGUACAUGACGGCGCUGGGCAUCGGGGGCAUCAAGGGCUCCCUGCCGUCGCACGGCGCGGAGCAGUUCGACGAGGGCUCGCCGCGGGGCCGCAAGGGCCGCUCCACCUUCUUCAACUACUUCGUCUUCUGCCUCUCCUGCGGCGCGCUCGUCGCCGUCACCUUUGCCGUGUGGGUGGAGGACAACAAGGGCUGGCAGUGGGGCUUCUUCAUCUCCACCAUCGCCAUCCUGCUCUCCAUCCCUGUCUUCGCCGCCGGGUCCAGGUUCUACCGCAGCAAGGUGCCCACCGGAAGCCCGCUCGUCACCAUCGCCAAGGUCCUGCUCGCCGCCGCGCUCGCGCCGCGGCGUGGUGGUACGCCGAGCGCCAGCAAUGGUGCCGUCAUCGACCGCGCGCCCAGCCCGACGGGGAGCACCGAGUUGAAGGAGUACUGCAAGCCCGGGGAGGCGUGCGGUGCCGACGACGUGGCGACGGAGCCGUCCCAGGAGCUGAGUGCGUUGAACCGCGCGGUGCAUUGCCAGCCCCGGCACAGGGCCCUGGCGUGCACGGUGCAGGAGGUGGAGGACGUCAAGAUCGUGCUCAUGGUGCUCCCCAUCUUCCUCGCCACCAUCAUGCUCAACUGCUGCCUGGCCCAGCUCUCCACAUUCUCCGUGGAGCAGGCAGCGACGAUGGACACGCGCGUCGGCGGUCUCAAGGUGCCGGCGGCGUCGCUGCCGGUGUUCCCCGUCACGUUCAUCAUACUCCUGGCGCCCAUCUACGACCACAUCAUCAUCCCAUUCGCGCGACGCGCGACGGGGACGGAGAUGGGCAUCACCCACCUCCAGCGCAUCGGCACGGGGCUGCUCCUCUCCAUCGUCGCCAUGGCGGUGGCCGCCGUCGUCGAGGUCAAGCGCAAGAACGUCGCCACCAGCAACGGCAUGACCGACUCACACGCGCCGCUGCCCAUCACCUUCUUCUGGAUAGCCUUCCAGUACCUCUUCCUCGGGUCGGCGGACCUCUUCACGCUCGCGGGCCUGCUGGAGUUCUUCUUCAGCGAGGCGCCGCCGCGGAUGCGCUCGCUGGCCACGUCGCUCUCGUGGGCGUCCCUGGCGCUGGGCUACUACCUCAGCUCGGUGCUGGUGACGAUCGUCAACAGUGCGACGGGGCGCGGCGGGCACCGGCCGUGGCUGGAGGGGGCCAGCCUCAACCACUACCACCUCGAGCGCUUCUACUGGCUCAUGUGCGCGCUCAGCGCCGUCAACUACAUCUUCUUCUUGGUGCUCGCCAUCCGGUACAAGUACAGAAACGCUGGGGUCAUCAAGGCCUGAUGAUGUAGUUUUGUAAAUGUUGAGUUAAUAGCAUAAAACCACCACUUUGAUUGUGAAAUUUACCGUCUACCACCACUUUGCGUUCGCGGGACAAAAAUCCACCAGAUUUUGCGAGAUUUUUUCCGGAAUAGGCUAAACAUGAACUAAACGCCAAUUGACAGCAAAUUGAUGCCAUUUCUAA